UUACAGGACGAGCUGCAUAUUGUUAUCAGAAAACAGCUGUCCAGCACCGCCCUGAAGUACAAGCGCAUAGGAGUGAUGGGGGCGAUGAGGAUGGUGGGGAGCAUGGCCACACGUGACAGGCGAAAACCAACAACUUGCAAUCCAGACUCUCCAGCUCUGAGUCCAAACGUCUUCCGCCAGGUCACCUCUCUUCUGGAACUGGCCGGUACGUGCUGCGAGCAGUCGCCGCCUGCUGCGGCCUUCUACUACGAUGAGCUGGCUGAUCUGGUGCAGACGGGAAGCCUGGACGCUCAGGUCAUGGAACAUAUGAGGAAGACAGUGGUGGAAGAUUUUCAGGACGAUUAUGUUGUGGACCUGGACCAGGCAGCAGAAGGGACCCACCUAUUCCCAGUGAAAGCCAUGUACAACCUGGAGGAUGAUGAGAGUCAAAGUGUCGUUGUCAUCAAUCUCCUCCCGCUUCUGUCACAAGAUAUCGCUGAUAAAGGUUCUGCCCCAACAAUGCGGGAAGGACGCCUCGUCUCUCCUCUUUGCUUGUGCCCAUUUUUCCGAUUGCUGCGUCUCUGCAUAGAAGACGAGUUUGCUGGGAACCUGGAUGAGAUCGACGCUUUGUUAGGCUGCCCGCUCUACCUCACAGAUCUAGACGUCAUCGACAAGAUGGAUUCUCUGACCAAGCAAGAACGGGAGUUACUGUGCUCGCUGCUCUUUCUGGCCAUCAACUGGUUUAUAGAGGUAGUCAACGCCUUCUGUAAGCAGCCAAACGCCGACAUGAAGGGGAAGGUGCUGAGCCGUCUACAGAACAUCACAUGGCUGCGAUCCAUCCUGGAGAAGUGUCUGCCUGCUUGUCCCGGUUAUGUUCCGCCUUGUGCCCGUUUUGACUGUGAUCAGAUUGAGGGGCCACCUCCUGCAUUACCUGCUGUUACUGCUGUGAAGAAGACUAAGAGGGGAAAGAAGCGUCCACUGGGGGAUGGGAAGAACUCGUCCACAGAAGCCUCACAGACUGAGGAGCCGCUGGAGACGCAGAAGAGCCAGUUGGAGAAGGACAAGGAUGAGAACAGCAGGCCCUGCGUCAGCCUGUGCAGUUACCGGCCAUUCUUUAGGGAGCUGGAUGUCCACGUGUUCACGGUUCUCCAGAGCGGCCUCGUCACGCGCUCACUGCUGGAUUCUAACAUGUGUACAAAGGCUACAGAAGUGGUGCAGCUGGGGCCGGCAGAGCUUGACUUUCUCCUGGAGGAUCUGUCCCGCAAAGUGGAGCACAUUCUGACCACCUCCAAAAGGUCACUCAUUCUGAAGGUGAAAGACACGAAGAGCUCGGAGUUCUCCCAUCUGCGCCAGAGGACGCCUCAAGACGUGGCAGAAGUGGUUGUCGGGCUCCUGACCCCGCUGUGCAGCCAUGUGGAGAACGUGCACCACUACUUCCAGACGUUCCUGGCUGAGGGUCCCGGUGCGGUGGGUGCUGCGGGGCAGGACGUGAAGGAGCACCAGCACAUGGCCUCCUGCUACCAUUUGCUCCUGCAGAUUUUCCACGCUCUCUUGGCCUGGAAUGGCUUUUUACAGCAUGAGAACAGGAAUCUGUGGAAGUCGGCGCUGGCGGUGUUUGCACACAGAAUAAAGGAGUCGGACCCGUCGGUGGACCUGGAGGAGCAGGUCCGCCACAGUGUCAGCUACUUCCAGAACCUGUGCAGCAGCGUCCCCACAAUCUCUGCCGCCCUGAGCCUAACGCAGCUGCUGAUUGCGCUGAUGGAGAAGACGGACGCCGCGCAGUACCGCAGCAGUACCGCCUCCAUUGUGAAAGGUUUUCUGUGCCAGUCCUGGAUCCAGCCCAACGGGGAGCGUGAGAGGGGCAUCAAGUUUAAUGAGGCCCUACAGAGCCUGUUAUGUAUCUACCUGGAGUACGCUGAUGUCCCGAAAGCCAUUGAAGAAAUCUGUGGCGCAGGAGUGUCUGAGCUGAUGAACGCGGCAAAAGACGGACAUUCAUCUACAUAUCCCACUCUGACCAGGCAAACAUUUGUGGUUUUCUACCGUGUCCUGAUGAACAAGUUGGAGAAAUAUGUGAGGAACAUUCCUGCUGGGACAAGGGCUGACGGACAGGUACACGCGGAGCGGCUUCUGUGCUGGAGUCUGGCGGUCAGGAAUUUCCACAUUCUCGUCAACCUGGUUAAGGUGUUUGACAGUCGUCCCAUGCUGAUUACCUGCCUGAAGUAUGGCCGCCAGUUUGUGGAGACCUUCCUGAGGGUCGGGAUGCCUCUUCUGGACUGCUGUUUUAAGAAGCAUCGGGACGAUGUGCAGAGUUUACUGAAAAUCCUACAGUUAUGCACCCGGCAACUUCACCACAUGUGCGGUCACUCCAAAAUCCAUCAGGACACCGGUCUGACCACACACGUGCCACUGCUGAAGAAGACUCUGGAGAUGUUCGUGUACCGGGUGAAAGCCAUGCUGGUCCUCAACAACUGCCAGGAGGCGUUCUGGCUGGGCAACCUCAAAAACAGAGACCUCCAGGGGGAGGAAAUAUUAUCCCAGAAGUCACAAGACAGUGAGACAGAAGAGGAUCCAGAGUCACAGCUCCCCCCCGAGGAGCCGGAGGAGCAGGAAGAGGAGAGCAGAGAAAGUGACCUGGAGGAGGAAGACGAAGAGUCCGACUGAGCCUUCUGGUUUCCUAGCUGCCCCUCCCCCAUGAUAAAACUUUAUGGGCCUCCGUUAUCAUUGACCGGCGGGGUACGCCUCGUAUUAGGCACAGCAUCCGGUAGUCCGUGACCCGUCCCCUCCCUGCCCUCAUGCCUGCUCUUGGGGUAAGUGGGAAGGAGAAACAUCGUUCGUGCAAGUUGGGGCGAAAAAGUUGCAAAUACGCAGAAAACUGGGGUAUAAAUAUGAUAAAUCAGGCCCCAUGUGUGCAGGAUGUAGAUGCUCCCUUCUACAUGUAUCAGACAUGGUCUCCACCUGUGCGGACUGCAGGGAGCGUGCCCUUGGGCUUGUUAUAAACCUUCUGUUGUCACAUUAAAGAGUUAACAAUGCAAAAUGA